GAUAUUCAAACACGUUUUGAAUGCCGAUCGAAAAGCAUACACUCAAAAUUCCAAAAACCACAAGCCCAGCGCCCAAGCGCCAUCAAUUGUUCCCAGCCGACAUCCAGCUCCGAUCGGGUACCAAUAACCUCGUUCCGGACCCACUAACAUGGACGGAGGAGGGGACAACCAGCUAGCGGUGCGGUCCUUGGCCAGGCUGCGCGAAGCCUUCUCCCACUACGCUGGUCCACCCAGGGCCAUGCUGCAGGGACCCGAUCCUGGCCAAGGAGACGCCCUUGCCCUGCAGAUGGCCAUAGAAGCCUUCAUCUUUGAAUUCGAAGAGGAUUCCGGCUUCGAGUCCGGCAGCGAAGACGACUAGCAUGACCCCAAAGAGUGAAGUGAUACUUCAGUGAAUAGCACCCAUGUAUAAGCCAUCAUAAGACGAAUAUAUGUAUCUAAUGUUGCACC